CUUUCUUAUAUUUCAGUAACUGGUACCCUUUUUUUGUGUUAAUCUUUUACCUUCUGUCGCCUCUUCCUACAUUAAUAUCACGUCGAUAUAGAGAUGACAUGGGAACUAGCAGUGCUUGCCAGGAGGUUGCAAUUUUUUUAACAACUGGUAUCAUUAUUUCUGCAUUUGGACUUCCAAUAGUUUUAGCUGAAGCACCUUCUGGACAACCUGUUAUAGAAUGGGGUGCUUGUGGCUUAGUUCUUGCUGGAAAUAUAAUUGUUUUUCUUACAAUACUUGGAUUUUUCCUUGCCUUUGAUAAUGAUGACAUAGAUUAUAGCAUGUGGUGAUAAUGUCUUUCAAAUUAUAUAUAUAAAUACACUAUCAGUAUAUUUAUUCUUACAAAAGUUUUGGUGGUUUUUAAAAAUUUAAUAUUUUAGGAAUUUAACCUACCUAUUUUAAAUUUUUUGCUCCAAUCAAAUAUUUUUUUCUGAAAUGUGCUGUAUUCCUCUUUAAACUGUUAACAGUAAGUACUUGGGAAUUAAUUAUAACUAAUGCAGUUAUGUAAUUUGUUAAAUUAUGAUUAGAUUUAAAAAAAUAUUGUCCAGUUUAUUGAAAGUUAUGCUAAAUUAUUCUUUAUAAUGAUGUUUGGUUAAUAAGAAUUGUAACAAAUAGUUUUAUCAAAUAUUAAGCAUUGAAUUUAUUGAUGUAUAAGGUGUCCAUAUGAGAGAUAUUCAGAGUAAUAAAAUUAUAUCUCAGAAAAGAUCCAAAAAAUAUCUGAUUGUACACAAUUGUUAAGAAAAAAUAUUUUAAAGAAAAUUUCUCUCAGAAUAAUUAGCACAGUUAUUUCCAUUAUGAGUUCCCUCAGUAUUAAUAUUUAACUUCGUUGAGCCAGUUGCAGUUAGGAAAAAAAAAAAAAAAUAUUAGCAAUGUGGGAUUUUGAGCCAGGGCAUUUUGUAGUAAAGAGGGAGUAGAGGAGAAUAGUGAUACAGUAUUUAUGCAAAAUGUAAAAAAUGUAUAACCAUAGUUUAAGAAUAUUCCUUAAAUAUAUUGUAAAUGUGAGUAUUCAAAGGUUAUUAUGAUGUCAAACUCUAAGAUGUUAGUGGUAUGAUAGUAAGGUACAGUAUAAGUUAAAAUUUGUGAAAUAAACUGAAUUUUAUGAGUUAAUGACUAGAAUUUUUGUCAUUAUUUAAUCUUAUGGAAACUUUCUUCUCUUUGUUGUUUUAGUGAAUAGAGAAUGGGCUUCAUAAAUAAUAUGUUAUGAACCCCAUUAUUGUGUCAUUUGACUGUAUUACUUUGAAUUUAAGACAUAAUACAAUUUUGUAAUUGGAAAAAGUAUUAUAGAGUAGAUGACCUUGAAUUUAAACUCAACAAGAUUUUUAAAUUGGAAAAAAUAAUAAAAAAUAAAAAUAAUUUGUAAGUUUCUCAAAAAAAAAAAAAAAAAAAAAAAAAAAAAA